AUGAACGUAGGCAUCGCCGAUGACUCUGCAUCAUUUGCAACAUUGUUCAAACAGCAACGUUUCAUCAACAGCUGCAUUGACCUCUUUUGUAAAGCAACUUCAUCAAAGGUCAAUGAGGACAAGUCAUCAGUCAUUCUCAUCGAACCAGACGACAACGGAUCAAAAGUAACCAUACCAGACCAACAAAACAGAGACACGUCUUACCCCAUUGCAGGUAUAGAAAGAUACUUGGGCCUCAACUUUUCGAAAGAUGGGCUGUCCUCGAAACUAGAAGAUAUCGUAAAUGGUGCAAAGGCGAAACUGAUCAAAUGGAAAAAGGACUCAAUCACACUAAAGGCAAAGGUCAAUAUUCUCAAAUCCUAUUUUGGUUUGGUACCACACCUUCCAGAGCGUAUUGACAAGGUAAUCAACGAUUUGAUUAGAUGGAAACCUAAACACAACAAUAACUACAGAGUCACGAGGCAAUCACCAGAUUGGAAAAGGUUAUUGAUUGGUUCAUGUUCAGCAACGACCGUGAGUACGACCCAUCAAAGCCAACCAAAAGAACCAUGUCCAAGAAACGCUCCAUACGAUCGAUCGACCAAGGUGGUCAACCUCUGGGACCUCAACGCUAGAUUCCACGCUCAAAAGGCAUGGAUGUUCGAAAGGUUCCUCCACGACAAUCGAGUCGCAAAGGUUUCAUUUGCCCAAUCAUGGAUGGACCAACUCAACCAAGACAAACCAAACCACUUUGUUCGUCUCUGCCGCAGCGAGUGGGAGAAGCUUACCCAACCCUACGACGUCAGCAGAGAGGCUGUUCCCAAGCCAGCAAUGAAACCAAACAAAGAGGAAGAGUACCUCUCAAGCAAGUGUACCUCCAAAGGCUGA